UUAGUAAUGUUGAUGUAUCUGCCCAUGAUGGUUCUGUUCAUGGUGAUUCUGAAGGAUAUGACGAUGAUCUGGAAGAUUACUUUGAAGUUGACAAUGGUUCUUCCUAUUAUAACUCUAUUGAUGAUGAACCAGUGGAAAAUGAUAAUGCUGCAAGCAUUAUAGAAAAACUUCAUGAAGUAACAAGAAAAUAUUACCAGGAACAUGCUUCUCAAGAAAAUACCAAGAAACCUUCUGAAAAAAUUGAUGAGGAGCCGACUGAAGAGACUAAUGUAGAAGAAUUAGAUGACAAAAUUAAAGAUUACGAUUAG